AAAGCUAGAUCGAGGUUAUCAAUAGCAAUGGCUGGAGCUUCUUCAUCAUCCUCUAGUUUUGCUGAAAUCCUUACCGAAAUUCCUGAGCUUAGGGGUGAUAAUUUCAAAAUCUGGAAGGAACGAGUUCUUCUUCAUUUAGGCUGCGCCGACAUGGACUACGCAAUAAGGAAGGACGAACCUGCUGCAAUCACUGUGACUAGCACUGCUGCUCAGAUCGCACUAUAUGAGAAAUGGGAGCGGUCCAAUCGCCUCAGCAUCAUGUUCAUCAUGUCCAAGAUCCCUCUGGGAAUGCGUGGAUCGGUGGAGCAACCUGAGAAAGUCAAAGACUUGAUCAAACUGAUCGAUGAGCAGUUCGACACUUCGGACAAACCACUUUACAACAACCUCAUCCACCAGUUCUCAUCCACAAAACUCACUGGUGUCAAAGGAGUUAAAGAACAUAUUUCAAAGAUGAGGGACAUUUCUGCUCAACUGAAGAAACUCGAUGUAGUCAUUCCCGAAACCUUCCUGGUCCACUACAUCCUUAACCAUCUUCCACCUCAAUAUGGGCCUUUCAAAAUUUCCUACAACACACAUAAGGACAAAUGGAGUAUCAAUGAACUGAUAACAAUGUGUGCUCAAGAAGAAGCAAGGCUCCUGCAGGAACAAGGUGAAAGUGCUCACAUGGCCACCCAAGGCAAGAAACGCAAACCAUCCAAGAAGGACAAGGGGAAAAAUAAAGUGCCUCCCCAAGGUGAUAUAAAGAAGGAUUCCAUCAAAUGUUUCUUCUGCAAAAAGAAGGGACAUGCGAAAAAGGAAUGCGCCAAGUUCAAGAAAUGGAUGGACGACAAUGGUAAUCCAAUUUCAUUCGUAUGUUAUGAAUCUAAUAUGGCUAAUGUUAAUAUUAACACAUGGUGGAUUGAUUCUGGAUCGACAAUUCACAUUUCAAAUUCCUUGCAGGGUUUACAAAACCUAAGGAAGCCAGUGGGAAGGGGAGAGUGA